AGAAGGAAUGAUUUUUUUCCAUUUUGACUCGGUGGAGCCUUAUAAAUACAAAAAUUAAGAUGAAUUCACGUCACUGUUUUGAAUGGAAUUAGAUUUUGUCAUCCAGAAGUUAUUUGAUUGGCCAGGUGCAUUGGUCAAUCACUGGUUAAUCAAGCAUCUGUUGUUUCUUUCUUUCUUCUCUUUUCUCUUUUUUUUUCAGUACGAAUCAUACGCUAGAAUAUCAUUAGACUCUCAUAAAAAUUAAUUGUAAAAAUCAUGCAAGAAUACAAAACUUAUGUAACACUUGAAGAGUUACCACCUCAAGAAGCAAAGAACAAAUUAGUCAAACUCAUACCUGAUCAAAACAUCACUAUUAUACCAGAAUACACACUUGAAUCAGGUGUGAAAAUGAUGAAUGUACCAGUCGCAUGGAAAUCAUGGGGAAAAUUAAAUGAAAAAGGAGAUAAUUGUAUGGUCAUUUGUCAUGCACUUACUGGUAGUGCUGAUGUGGAAGAUUGGUGGGGACCACUGAUGGGACCAAAGAGAGCCUUUGAUCCAACUAAGUUUUUUAUUGUGUGCUGUAAUGUCCUUGGUUCUCCUUAUGGUUCUGCAUCCCCUUUGACAAUCAACCCCGAAACAGGUGAUAAGUAUGGCCCCGAAUUCCCUUUGGUAAGUGUUCGGGAUGAUGUUCAAAUCCAUCGCCUUAUUUUAGACCACUUGGGUGUUAAGCAAGUGGCCAUCUGUAUUGGUGGCUCUAUGGGAGGUAUGCAAGUGUUGGAAUGGGCACAUUUUGGCCAAGAUUAUGUUCGUGCUAUUGUACCUCUUGCUACUUCAGGCCGCCAUUCUGCUUGGGGUAUUAGUUGGGGUGAAGCACAACGUCAAUCCAUUUAUAGUGAUCCCAAUUAUGUGGAUGGUUAUUAUACCGAUGAUAAUCAGCCUGUUGUAGGCUUGUCUGCUGCUCGUAUGUCUGCUUUACUCACUUACAGAUCACGUAAUUCAUUUGAAUCCCGUUUUGGUCGUAAGGCAGCCGAACUCAAAUCGUUGCAGCGUCGUCCUAGUUCACCUGGUGAAGCCAACCGUAUGAUUCACAACGACGGUCAUCGAGCCUCAAGUCCACCUGUCGAAGCUAAAGAAGAUACCAUCAACAACCCUUCUAUGCCUACACCUUUUGUCUUUUCAGCACAAUCUUAUCUUCGCUAUCAGGGCACCAAGUUUAUCAAUCGAUUUGAUGCCAAUUGUUACAUUGCUCUCACACGCAAAAUGGAUUCGCACGAUAUAUCGCGUGGAAGAGAAGAUUAUCAUGAUGUGUUGGCUUCUAUACGUCAACCAGCUUUGGUGAUUGGUAUUGAAUCAGAUGGGUUGUUCACUAUUUCUGAACAAUAUGAGUUGGCAGAAGGCAUGGCAGAUACCGAAAUGAUUGUGAUAGAUUCUCCAGAUGGACACGAUGGCUUUUUACUUGAAUUUGAUCAAAUCAAUCGCCAUGUCCUUGGUUUUAUUAAGCGUGUGCUACCAGAGAUUUACAAUACAAGUACUGUUUCUGAACAAGAAGCAGAAGAAGCAGAAAAGAUCAAGGCAACUAAGACUAGUUUGUUUGGUGAAGCUGAAGUGGACAUCACUCAGUGGUAGAAUACUAUUUAGAAUUUCGAAUUUAAUAAAAUCGAUAUACUUGUUACACUUUAUUUGAAAAGAA